AUGCAUCUCCUUCGACUUCUAGGCACCUUGUGUGCCCUAGGCCAAAUUGCUUCUGCUGCUCCAAUUGGUCAACGAACUUCGUUAGCUCCUCGACAGGCUUCCCCAUACUGGCUUGGCCAGGUUCAACAUCAAGGACUUGCUGCCUUCAAUAGCAACCCACAGUCUUAUCAGGUCUUCAGAAACGUUAAAGAUUUCGGUGCCAAAGGUGACGGUGUUACCGAUGAUUCUGAUGCUAUCAAUGCUGCCAUCCAAGCUGGUAAUCGUUGUAUGAAAGGAUGCGAUUCUUCAACCACCCAACCUGGAUUGAUUUAUUUCCCAAGUGGUACUUAUCUCGUGACAAAGCCAAUCAUUGCUGUUUACUACAGUCAACUAGUUGGUGAUGCUGCCACACUCCCUGUUAUCAAGGCUGCAGGUUCGUUCUCUGGAAUCGCAGUCUUUGAUAGUGACCCAUACGAAAGUGACGGCUCCAACUGGUAUACCAACCAGAACAACUUCUUCCGUGCCAUUCGCAACUUUGUCAUCGACUUGACCGCGACACAAUCCGGAACUGGUAUUCAUUGGCAGGUCGCCCAGGCGUCUUCCCUCAUCAACAUCCGCUUCGAGAUGGGCAAUACCGAUAGCCAGGGUAUUUUUAUGGACAACGGCUCUGGUGGUUUCAUGUCGGAUCUCGUCUUCAGAGGUGGAAAACUUGGUGCUUUCCUCGGUAACCAGCAGUUCACUACCCGAAACUUUGUCUUCGAAGGUGUCAAGACAGCAAUGGUUCUCAACUGGAACUGGGGCUGGACUUUCAAGAGCCUCGAUAUCAAGAACUGUGGAGUCGGUAUCGACAUGACAGCAGGAGGUGCCGAAGCUCAAACUGUUGGAUCCGUCCUUGUCCUUGACAGCAAAAUUUCGAACACUCCUAUCGGUAUCAAGACAGUCCACUCGUCUACUAGCCAACCUAUCACCGGAGGUACUUUGGUUAUCGACAAUCUUUCAACCAACAACGUUCCAGUUAUCGUUGCCAACAAUGACGGAGGUGCCAUCUUAGCCGGUUCCGGAGGAGCUAUCAAAGUUGAGAGUUGGGGUCAAGGGCGUGUCUAUUCUCCAAAUGGAGGAAGCCGUGUUCAAGCAAGCCUUACCCCAAGGCCUCAAAAGCCAGCCGCCCUUCUCGACGGCAAUGGUUACAUUUUCGAGAGGUCUCGCCCACAAUACACCGAUGUUCCAGCUGCUCAGAUCGUUUCUGCCCGCUCGAAUGGCGCCAAGGGGGAUGGAAUGACCGACGACACUGCUGCUCUUCAAGCCUUGAUCAACAACAAUGUCGGCAAGGUCAUCUUCCUUGAUCAUGGUGUCUACAAGCUCACUUCUACACUUUAUAUCCCACCAAAUACCAAGAUUGUGGGUGAAUGCUGGGCAACUUUGAUCUCCGAAGGACCCUUCUUUGCCGACUCCAAGAAUCCAAAGGUUGUCAUUCAGGUUGGAAAACCAGGUGAAGUUGGAUUGGUCGAACUUUCAGACCUCGUCCUGGAAACCGCUGGCCCAGCUGGUGGUGCUAUUGUUCUUCAGUGGAACAUGGCUGAUGCCCCUGGAACCAAAGGAACCAAUGGCAUGUGGGACGUUCAUAUUCGUAUUGGUGGGUCUGCUGGUACUAAGCUUCAAUCCGACCAGUGCAAGAAGAAUCCAUCUGCCGAUGGUACGCAGAUUAACCACAACUGCGAGAGCGCUUUCAUGCUCAUGCACAUUGGAAAGACUGGUUCCGUUUAUAUGGAAAACAACUGGAUCUGGACUUCUGAUCACGAACUCGACCGUAAAGACUUCAGCCAGAUCACUAUCUUCAGCGGACGUGGAUUGUGGAUUGAGACACAAGAGGGCCCAGUCUGGGGCUAUGCCACCGCUUCUGAACAUAACGUCAUGUAUCAGUACCAGCUCACGAACACCAAGAACGUCUUCCUCGGGAUGAUCCAAACUGAAACACCAUACUAUCAGAGCAACCCAACGGUCUACCUCCCCUACGACGUCAACCCAGCGUUCGAGGAUCCCGUUUAUGACUGCCCUGAUAAGUCCCAAGGUUCCACUUGCGCCAAGUCAAUCGGCCUCCGUGUGAAGGAUUCCAAGGACAUUUUGGUCUACGGUGCUGGACUGUACAGCUUCUUCGAGAACUAUACGCAGGAAUGCCUGAAGACCCAGACCUGUCAGGACGAUAUGGUUUCCGUCGAAGGCAAUACGCAAAACUUCUUCAUGUAUAACUUGAACACCGUGGGCGUCAGCAACAUGGUGAAAGUCAAUGAGAGGAAGCUCGUACCACAGGCAGAAAACCAGAACGGAUUCGCUUCAACUAUCGCUCUGUUUGCUCAGCCAUAG